UUGCACAGCUUUCGCCUCCUGUUUAAACCCUAAACCCUAAUUAUUUUUUCUCAAAAUUUCUGGCUACUCUCACCAAUCUACCACCACUACCGACAAUUAGCCACCAAUUUCGUCGUUCCACCAGCACGUCAGCUUCCCGCCGCUGCCGCCGUAUACCUUUGCUCGCCGCUCUCUUUAAUGGCUGGUUCAAAACUCAACAAGAAGAAGGGCGGUAGAGCAGUUAAUCCUCCGCCGAAGAAGAAGCAAAAGGCAUUGCCUACUCUAGAAAAAGAAUCUAAGAAAGAGGAGAUUAUCAGUGAUUCUGAUGGCUCUGAAGAGCACGAAAUGCUUGAGAACUCAGAUGAGGAAGAUCAUGGAUUGGACUCGAACUCGGAUAUGUCGUCAGAUGGUGAUGAUGUUUAUGCCAAUGACAUCCUCCAAGGGAGUGAUGACGAAGAGGGGAGUGACAACAAAGAGGGGGACUCAGAUUCUGAUGUAUCUGAUUUCGAGAAGGAAGCAAGAGAAAUUGAUGAGGAAAAGGCACGGGAAGAAGUAGACGCCGAAGCAGAAUUAGAGCUUAAUAUAAAAAAUGAAGCUAAUGAGUUUGCUUUACCAACUGAGGAGGAGCUCGAAGAAGAAGCACAUAGUCCCCCAGAUCUGUCCAAUCUUCUAAGAAGGAUAAAAGAGAUUGUACGGGUGCUUUCAAAUUUUAAGUCUUUGAGGCAAGAGGGUGCUACACGGAAAGAUUAUGUCGAACAACUUAAAAAGGAUUUAAUAUCUUACUAUGGAUACAAUGAUUUUUUGGUCGAAGCUCUGGUUGAGAUGUUUCCGGUUGUUGAACUCAUGGAACUCAUUGAAGCUUUUGAGAAGCCAAGGCCUACCUGUCUUCGUACUAACACUUUAAAG